AUGAUAAUUCUUCAUAUUUCAGGGGCAAUGGACAGUGUUGGGGGUAGUAGUGAUGAUAAUUCUUCAUAUUUCAGGGACAAUGUUGGGGGUAGUAGUGAUGAUAAUUCUUCAUAUUUCAGGGACAAUGUUGGGGGUAGUAGUGAUAAUUCUUCAUAUUUCAGGAACAAUGUUGGGGGUUGUAGUGAUGAUAAUACUUCUUAUUUCAGGAACAAUGUUGGGGGUAGUAGUGAUGACUAUUCUUAUUUCAGGGGCAAUGUUGGGGGUAGUAGUGAUGAUAAUUCUUCAUAUUUCAGGGGAAAUGUUGGGGGUAGUAGUGAUGAUAAUUCUUAUUUCAGGGACAAUGUUGGGGGUAGUAGUGAUGAUAAUUCUUAUUUCAGGGGCAAUGUUGGGGGUUGUAGUGAUGAUAAUUCUUCAUAUUUCAGGGGCAAUGUUGGGGGUAGUAGUGAUGAUAAUUAUUCUUAUUUCAGGGACAGUGUUGGGGGUAGUAGUGAUGAUAACUCUUCAUAUUUCAGGGACAAUGUUGGGGGUAGUAGUGAUAAUUCUUCAUAUUUCAGGGACAAUGUUGGGGGUAGUAGUGAUGAUAAUUCUUCAUAUUUCAGGGACAAUGUUGAGGGUAGUAGUGAUGAUAAUAAUUCUUAUUUCAGGGACAAUGUUGGGGGUAGUAGUGAUGAUAAUUAUUCUUAUUUCAGGGACAAUGUUGGGGGUUGUAGUGAUGAUAAUUAUUUUUAUUUCAGGGACAAUGUUGGGGGUAGUAGUGAUAAUUCUUAUUUCAGGGACAAUGUUGGGGGUAGUAGUGAUGAUAAUUCUUCAUAUUUCAGGGGCAAUGUUGGGGGUAGUAGUGAUGAUAAUUAUUCUUAUUUCAGGGACAAUGUUGGGGGUAGUAGUGAUAAUUCUUCAUAUUUCAGGGACAAUGUUGGGGGUAGUAGUGAUGAUUAUUCUUAUUUCAGGGACAAUGUUGGGGGUAGUAGUGAUAAUUCUUCAUAUUUCAGGGACAAUGUUGGGGGUAGUAGUGAUGAUUCUUCAUAUUUCAGGGGCAAUGUUGGGAGUAGUAGUGAUGAUAAUACCUUAUAUUUCAGGGGCAAUGUUGGGGGUAGUAGUGAUGAUAAUUCUUCAUAUUUCAGGGACAAUGUUGAGGGUAGUAGUGAUGAUAAUUCUUAUUUCAGGGGCAAUGUUGGGGGUAGUAGUGAUGAUAAUUCUUCUUAUUUCAGGGACAAUGUUGGGGGCAGUAGUGAUGAUAAUUCUUAUUUCAGGGGCAAUGUUGGGGGUAGUAGUGAUAAUUCUUCUUAUUUCAGAGACAAUGUUGGGGGUAGUAGUGAUGAUAAUUCUUCAUAUUUCAGGGGCAAUGUUGGGGGUAGUAGUGAUGAUAAUUAUUCUUAUUUUAGGGGCAGUGUUGGGGGUAGUAGUGAUAAUUCUUCAUAUUUCAGGGGCAAUGUUGGGGGUAGUAGUGAUGAUAAGGGCAAUGUUGGGGGUAGUAGUGAUGAUAAGUAUUCUUAUUUCAGGGACAAUGUUGGGGGUAGUAGUGAUGAUAAUUCUUCAUAUUUCAGGGACAAUGUUGGGGGUAGUAGUGAUAAUUCUUCAUAUUUCAGGGGCAAUGUUGGGGGUAGUAGUGAUGAUGAUGAUGAUAAUACUUCUUAUUUCAGGGACAAUGUUGGGGGUAGUAGGGGUGAUAAUUCUUCUUAUUUCAGGGGCAAUGUUGGGGGUAGUAGUGAUAAUUCUUAUUUCAGGGGCAGUGUUGGGGGUAGUAGUGAUGAUAAUUCUUCAUAUUUCAGGGGAAAUGUUGGGGGUAGUAGUGAUGAUAAUUAUUCUUAUUUCAGGGACAAUGUUGGGGGUAGUAGUGAUGAUAAUUCUUCUUAUUAUUUCAGGGACAGUGUUGGGGGUAGUAGUGAUGAUAAUUCUUCAUAUUUCAGGGACAAUGUUGGGGGUAGUAGUGAUGAUAAUUCUUCAUAUUUCAGGGACAAUGUUGGGGGUAGUAGUGAUAAUUCUUCAUAUUUCAGGAACAAUGUUGGGGGUAGUAGUGAUAAUUCUUCUUAUUUCAGGGGAAAUGUUGGGGGUAGUAGUGAUGAUAAUUCUUAUUUCAGGGACAAUGUUGGGGGUAGUAGUGAUGAUAAUUCUUAUUUCAGGGGCAAUGUUGGGGGUUGUAGUGAUGAUAAUUCUUCAUAUUUCAGGGGCAAUGUUGGGGGUAGUAGUGAUGAUAAUUAUUCUUAUUUCAGGGACAAUGUUGGGGGUAGUAGUGAUAAUUCUUCUUAUUAUUUCAGGGACAGUGUUGGGGGUAGUAGUGAUGAUUAUUCUUAUUUCAGGGACAAUGUUGGGGGUAGUAGUGAUAAUUCUUCAUAUUUCAGGGGCAGUGUUGGGGGUAGUAGUGAUGAUAAUUCUUCAUAUUUCAGGGACAAUGUUGAGGGUAGUAGUGAUGAUAAUAAUUCUUAUUUCAGGGACAAUGUUGGGGGUAGUAGUGAUGAUAAUUCUUCUUAUUAUUUCAGGGACAAUGUUGGGGGUAGUAGUGAUGAUUAUUCUUAUUUCAGGGGCAGUUUUGGGGGUAGUAGUGAUGAUAAUUAUUCUUAUUUCAGGGACAAUGUUGGGGGUAGUAGUGAUAAUUCUUAUUUCAGGGACAAUGUUGGGGGUAGUAGUGAUGAUAAUUAUUCUUAUUUCAGGGACAAUGUUGGGGGUAGUAGUGAUAAUUCUUCAUAUUUCAGGGACAAUGUUGGGGGUAGUAGUGAUAAUUCUUUAUAUUUCAGGGACAAUGUUGGGGGUAGUAGUGAUGAUUAUUCUUAUUUCAGGGACAAUGUUGGGGGUAGUAGUGAUAAUUCUUCAUAUUUCAGGGACAAUGUUGGGGGUAGUAGUGAUGAUUCUUCAUAUUUCAGGGGCAAUGUUGGGAGUAGUAGUGAUGAUAAUACCUUAUAUUUCAGGGGCAAUGUUGGGGGUAGUAGUGAUGAUAAUUCUUCAUAUUUCAGGGACAAUGUUGAGGGUAGUAGUGAUGAUAAUUCUUAUUUCAGGGGCAAUGUUGGGGGUAGUAGUGAUGAUAAUUCUUAUUUCAGGGGCAAUGUUGGGGGUAGUAGUGAUGAUAAUUAUUCUUAUUUCAGGGGCAAUGUUGGGGGUUGUAGUGAUAAUUCUUCAUAUUUCAGGGGCAAUGUUGGGGGUAGUAGUGAUGAUAAUUCUUCUUAUUUCAGGGACAAUGUUGGGGGUAGUAGUGAUGAUAAUUCUUCUUAUUUCAGGGACAAUGUUGGGGGUAGUAGUGAUGAUAAUUCUUAUUAUUUCAGGGACAAUGUUGGGGGUAGUAGUGAUGAUAAUUCUUCUUAUUUCAGGGGCAAUGUUGGGGGUAGUAGUGAUAAUUCUUAUUUCAGGGACAGUGUUGGGGGUAGUAGUGAUGAUAAUUCCUCAUAUUUCAGGGACAGUGUUGGGGGUAGUAGUGAUAAUUCUUCAUAUUUCAGGGACAAUGUUGGGGGUAGUAGUGAUAAUUCUGCAUAUUUCAGUAACAAUGUUGGGGGUAGUAGUGAUGAUAAUUCUUAUUUCAGGGGCAAUGUUGGGGGUAGUAGUGAUGAUAAUUCUUCAUAUUUCAGGGGCAAUGCUGGGGGUAGUAGUGAUGAUAAUUCUUCAUAUUUCAGGGGCAAUGUUGGGGGUAGUAGUGAUGAUAAUUCUUAUUAUUUCAGGGACAAUGUUGGGGGUAGUAGUGAUGAUAAUAAUUCUUAUUUCAGGGACAAUGUUGGGGGUAGUAGUGAUAAUUCUUCAUAUUUCAGGGACAAUGUUGGGGGUAGUAGUGAUAAUUCUUCAUAUUUCAGGGACAAUGUUGGGGGCAGUAGUGAUGAUAUCCGGGGUCGGGGGUCGCCCUCACAAUACGGGGUCCUCUGCCGGAACACGUUGGGGUUGAUAAUAAAUAAAAGGUAUUCCUGA